AUGUUGCCAUAUUUGGCCUAUCGAUACGUUAAAAACAAAAGAGAAAAGAAUCAGCGAGAAAUGGAUAAUGAUCUGGAUUCAAUGGUCCGGAGCAUAGUCCCGGACAAGCCUGUCGUCAGCAUUUCUGGAGUUGCUGCAAAGCUGGAGGAGACGUCUCGUGAAUACAUUCCGGGAGUUUAUCGAUUGUUGAGAAAUCCAUUGGAGUUUUCAUCGAAUGGCGGCCAUCAGAAGACCCGGAUGCAUCAUGAUGGAAAUAGUGAAAUGGUACACUCCAGAUCGCCGGAAGAGAAGCGAGAUCGUGGAGCUCGUGUGGCCUUCUCGAUGGAUGUCAACGAUUUGAGCAGUUUUCGAAAUGAAGAGCCAAAAAGAGGUAGUGGAGGAUUCCCAUCGAUCCGAUUGAUUUGUCGUGAUGGAAGCAGCCAAGUGCCUCUUUUCUUCAGGAACUGCUCGACUGGAGAGUUCAUCGAUCGUCUGCAAGGAUACAUAACUCUACGUCGAUCGAAUCGCGAAGCGAAUCUCGUCAUAGUCGUCGAUCAAAAAUCGGAAGCACUUGCGAAAAGUGUCAGCAUGCUUGAUGAGAACGGAGAUAUUCUUUCGAGAUUUAUGCAAAAUCCAUACAUGACUGCAAUGACUGGAUUCAGCAAAAUCACCUCUUUUGUACAGGAUCAAGUUAUCCCCUCAGUUCUCAAUGAUACAGAUGCAGUUACACAAGAAGAGAAGAUUCGAUUGAUGAGAGAAUUACGAUUGGCUGAGGAGCAGAUGCGAGUUCAUUCGGAUGCUGCUGGAGAGUUCGAAGUGGUCACUCAAUUGGAUUUGCCACCAAGACCAGAGAUCUACAGAGAGUUGCCGGUUUCAAAGGAAUUGUGGAAUUCGUUCAAACUUCCAAAUGGUUCAUACGAUCCACUGAAAUUGCAUCAUCUGAAGAUGAAUGUGUUCCGUGGUGGACUCAAUGCUGAACUUCGUAAAGAAGCAUGGAAGUGUCUUCUUGGAUAUCGACAGUGGCAUGAGACAGAUGCAGAGUUUGAGAAGAAGCGUGCAGAAUUAGCGAAACAAUAUCAGAAUAUGAAGAAUCAAUGGAUGGCAAUCACCGAGGAUCAGGAGAAACGGUUCUCGAAAUUUGUGAAGCGCAAGUCGCUUGUAGAGAAAGACGUCGCUCGUACCGAUCGAACUGUUCCAUUCUUCCAAGGAGAAGACAACGUGAAUCUCGUUCAUCUUCACAAUGUUCUCAUGACCUAUGUGAUGUAUAACUUUGAUUUGGGAUACGUUCAAGGAAUGUCAGAUUUCGCAUCUCCUCUGUUGUUCGUGAUGAAGGAUGAGGUUGAUACAUUCUGGUGCUUCGUUGGAUUGAUGGAGAUGACUCAUAAGAACUUUGAGAAGGAUCAAGCAUUCAUCAAGCUUCAAAUGAACCAGUUGAGAGAUAUGGUUAUGAUUGUCAAUCCAAAAUUGGCAAAUUAUUUGGAAAGCGAAAAAUCCGAUGACAUGUACUUUUGCUUCCGAUGGGUUCUUGUAUGGUUCAAGCGAGAGUUUUCAUUCCUGGACACUUGUAAACUUUGGGAAGUCCUCUGGUCAGGUCAACCAUGUCCACGAUUCCUCCUUCUCAUAUGCGUCGCCAUCCUGGACUCACAAACUAACAUUAUCAUUGAUAAUCAGUUUGGAUUGACGGAAAUUUUGAAGCAUAUCAAUGAUUUGUCAAUGCAUCUCAAAGUCGACGAGAUUCUCACUGCCGCCGAAGCGAUUUUCCAUCAGCUCUCAGCUAGUCAGAACAAGCUUCCAACUCAUAUCUGCCAAUACCUGAACAUUGGCGAAUCAGCUGUUAGCUCCAACAGCAGCAGUCCAGCGAAAGGGGACUCGAAAGAUUUAUAA